AUGGCGCCCAAGAAAAAGGGAAACAAGAAGGCCCAGCAGGACGACUGGGAGGCCGAGCUCGGCGAGACCGUCGACCCCAUAGCUCAGGCCGAGCAAGAGGCAAAGGCCGAGGAAGCUGCCCAGGAUGCUGAGGAGGACGCAGCUCCUGCCGGCGGUCUGAUGGCUGCUCUCAAGCGCAGACAGAACAAGAAGGGAAAGAAGGGCAAGCAGCAGGACAACGACUGGGAAGCCGAGCUCGGUGAAGACCCUACUGCCACCGAAGAUGGAACCUCUACUCCUCCCGGUGGCAAGGGCGGCAAGCAGCAACCCGAGCCCGCACAGGACGAAGACGACGACGACGAGAAGGAUUCCAGUGGUCGCGUUCUGACCAAGAAGGAGAAGGAAAAGCUGAAGAAGGAGCGCGAGAAGCAGAGAAAGAAGGAACAGAGACACCCCUUCGCCGAGCGCCGUCGAGCCUGUGGCAGCCGCCCCGAGCCCGCAGCUGGUGGCAAGAAGAAGAAGCUGAAUCCCGCCCUUGCCGCCCUUCAGAAACAACAAGCCGAGCUGAAGGCCAGAGAGGAGGAGGCCGCUCGCCUCGAGGCCGAGGAGCGUGCCAGAGCCGAGGAAGAGGAGAAGAUGGCUGCUGAGGAGGCAAAGGCUAGAGAAGAAGCCAAGGCCCUCAAGAAGCAAAAGGAGAAGGAGAAGAUUGAGCAGCUCAAGAAGGAGGGCAAGUACAAGACAAAGGCCCAGAAGGAAGCCGAGGCCCGCCAGCAAGCUCGUCUUCAGCAGAUGCUCGAGAGUGGUGCCAUUGUUGCCGAAGAACCCCGCAAGGCUGCUGAAGAGCGUGCUGCUGCCGAGGCCGCAAAGGCUGAGGAGGAGGCUGCCCGCAAGAAGCUUGAGGAGCUGCGUCUCGUCGAAGAGCAGAAGAAGGCCGCUGAGGAAGCGGCCGAAAAGGCCAAGGCUGAUGCUCUCGAGAAGAAGGCCGAAGAGUCAGAUGAGCUCGAAGACUGGGAGGCCGAGGCCGAGAAAUUGGAGACCGAGGGUGUCAAGGACAGCUGGGACGCUGAAUCGGACGACGACGAGGAUGCUCCCAAGACUGUCAAGCCUGUUGUCAAUGGCAAGCCUGUCCAGGACGGUGCAGCCGGCAAGAAGGCCAACAUCAAGGACGAGUCCGACUCCGACUCUGAAUCAGACUCUGAGGACGAUUCGGACUCCGACUCAUCUUCUGACGAGGAAGAGAGCGCAAAUGCCCGUGCCCUCGCUCAACGUAAGCGUGAAGCUGCCGAGAGACGUCAAAAGACCAUCGCAGAUGCCAGAGCUGCUGCUUCCAAGGACAACCUUCGUUCGCCUAUUUGCUGUAUUCUUGGUCACGUCGAUACCGGAAAGACCAAGCUUUUGGACAAGAUUCGUCAAACUAACGUUCAGGAGGGUGAAGCUGGUGGAAUUACUCAACAGAUUGGUGCUACCUACUUCCCUGUCGAGGCUUUGGAGAAGAAGACUGCUGUCGUGAACACUGAUGGCUCCUUCAACUUCAAGAUUCCCGGUCUUUUGGUCAUCGACACCCCUGGUCACGAGUCUUUUACCAACCUCCGUUCCCGCGGUUCUUCGCUCUGUAACAUCGCUAUCCUGGUCGUCGAUAUCAUGCACGGUCUUGAACCUCAAACUCUCGAGUCGAUGAGAUUGCUCAGAGACCGCAAGACUCCUUUCAUUGUUGCCCUCAACAAGAUCGAUCGUCUCUACGGCUGGAAGCAAAUUGCCAACAACGGUUUCCGCGAGUCGCUUGCCAUGCAAAACAAGGGUGUCCAGAACGAGUUCGCCGACAGACUCGAGAAGACCAAGAUCGCCUUUGCUGAGCAAGGUUUCAACUCCGAAGUCUUCUACGAGAACAAGUCGAUGGCUCGUAACGUCUCCCUCGUCCCCACCUCCGCUCACACCGGUGAAGGUAUCCCCGAUAUGCUCAAGCUCAUUACCCAGCUCACUCAGGAGAGAAUGGCUGGCCAGCUCAUGUACAUCACCGAGGUCGAAUGUACGGUUUUGGAAGUCAAGGUCAUCGAGGGUCUUGGUACUACCAUCGACGUUGUCAUCACCAACGGUCGUCUGAAGGAGGGUGAUCGUAUCGUGUUGUGCGGUACAGAAGGACCUAUCGCAACCAACAUCAGAGCUCUGCUCACACCUGCUGAGAUGAAGGAGUUGCGUGUCAAGUCUGCCUACGUCCACAACAAGGAGGUCAAGGCCGCAUUGGGUGUCAAGAUUACUGCCAACGGUCUGGAGAACGCCAUCGCUGGUUCUCGUCUGCUCUUGGUCAAGGAGGACGAUGAUGAGGAGGAGCUCAUGGACGAUGUCAUGUCCGAUCUCGAGAACCUGCUCAGCAAGAUUUCUACAUCCGGACGUGGUGUUACCGUGCAAGCAUCUACUCUUGGUUCGCUCGAGGCUCUGCUCGAGUUCUUGAAGCAGAUGAAAAUUCCUGUUGGUUCGAUCUCGAUCGGUAACGUUCACAGAAGAGAUGUCAUCACAGCAUCAACUAUGUUGGAAAAGCACAAGCAAUACGCCGUUAUGCUCUGUUUCGACGUAAAGGUUGACAAGGAAGCUCAAGCCUACGCUGACGAGGUCGGCGUCAAGAUCUUUACCGCCGACAUCAUCUACCACUUAUUCGACCAGUUCACCAAGCACAUGGCCGAGAUUGCCGCACAAAAGAAGGAAGAGUCCAAGAUGUUGGCAGUCUUCCCUUGCAUCCUUAACCCCAUCCAAGUCUUCAACAAGACCAACCCCAUUGUUGUCGGUGUCGAUGUCAUGGACGGCGCCCUCCGCGUCAACACCCCCAUCGCAGCUGUCAAGAUCAACUCGGUCACCGGUGCAAAGGAAGUCAUCCCUAUGGGCCGCAUCGAGGGCAACAACCAACCUACCUAUGGUCGUCAACUCGAAGACAAGAUGGUUCUGUACUCGCACAUCAGCAGAGCUUCUAUCGAUACACUCAAGGAGUUUUACCGUGAUGAGGUUACCAAGGAGGAGUGGAACCUUAUCGCCAAGCACCUCAAGGGUCUGUUUGAUGUCGUGUAG